GGCGGUGACGCAGAAGGGGCGCGCCGGAAGCGGGGCACGUGGGGGAGGGGAGCGCUGCCGCCAUGUGCCAGGCGCAGGAGGAGUACGGGGGCUGCGACCCGCCCCGGAGGCGGCCCCGCGUCAGCUGUGCGCAGAAGUGCAUGAAGUGCAAGGAGGCCUCUCCUGUGUUGGUCAUUCGUGUUGGAGAUGCCUUUUGCAAGGCCUGUUUUAGGGAGUAUUUUGUUCACAAGUUCCGUGCAAUGCUUGGGAAGAAUCGUGCCAUUUACCCAGGAGAGAAGGUUCUUCUUGCGUUAUCGGGUGGACCUGCCUCCAGCUCAAUGCUUCGACAAGUCCAAGAGGGACUGAGUCGGGAGACAGCCAAGAAACUGCGCUUUAUACCGGGCAUCAUCUACAUUGACGAGGGAGCCGUGUGCGGACAAAGCCUGGCUGAGAGAGAGGAGACGCUGCUCCAGAUGGAGACCAUCCUGCAAGCCUCAGGGUUUCCAUAUCACCUGGCCCACUUAGAAGAGGUGUUUGACUUGCCCAGCUCCAUCCUGCAGCGUGUGCCCCACAAUCCCGCAGGCCCCAGGAACAGCUACAAGGAGGCAGUGGAGGGCUUCAUCCAGCAGCAGAGGCGGGAGGAGGGCGGAGGCCCCUCUCUCCCAGAGAGGCAGGUCCAGGUCCAGGAGAAGCUUGCUGAAGUCAGCCUCCGAGAUGCGCCCGGAAUGGAGGGGCUGGCCGCCCCGGAAGCCAGGCUGCUGGCUGCAGUCCGGGCCGAGCAGCUGAUCCGGCUCUUUGGGUCUGUGAAGACCUUGACGGCUAAAGAAGAGCUGCUGCAGACCCUGCGGAACCACCUGAUCCUGCACACAGCCAGGGCCCAAGGGUACUCCAAGGUCAUGAUGGGAGACAGCUGCACCCGCCUGGCUGUCAAACUGCUGACCAACCUCUCACUGGGACGGGGAGCCUCCCUCGCCAUGGACACAGGCUUCUCGGACGAUCGCCAUGGCGACGUGGUGGUGGUGCGGCCCAUGAGGGAGUACUCCGCCAAGGAAAUCGCCUUCUACAACCACCUGUUUGGCGUUCCCACGGUCUUCACUCCUGCCUUGGGCACCAAGGCCCUGGAGAAGGCCAGCAUCCACCGGGUGAUCGAGCGCUUCCUCUAUGGGCUGCAGGCAGAGUUCCCCUCGACCGUCAGCACCGUGUACCGGACGGGCGAGAAGCUGAGCACGACCCCUGGAGACGCCGGCCCUGCCGCUGAGCCCGAACGCUGCCUCCUGUGUUUGUGUGCACUGGACACUAACGUGGAGGACGGCUCCGCUUUGCAAGCCAUCCUGGUCUCGGAGCAGCUCUCCCAGCAGAAGCUGCCAGCUGCGACGCCCGCUGGGAGAGGGUGCUGCCCGGGCGCAGAGGAGCAGAGAGGAUGCUGCAUGAACACGACAGCUCCAGGGGGCGACGCCCGGGCCAGCUUCCUGCCCCUGCUCUGUUACGGCUGCAGACUGACCAUCAAGGACACGACCUGCCUGGAGAGCCUCCCGCUCUACGUCCGCUCGGAGGCAGAGCGCAGGAAACGCAGGGCCGCGAUGAAGCUGGAAAUCCAAGAGUUCUUGCUGGAAGAUGAAGCUGUGACUGCAGGUGAGAGCUGACAGGUGGGCAGGGCUCCCUCCUCUGGACCACACUCCCAACCAGCUCUAUGCUUCCCUGGCUGUCAGGGCCCCCGGAGCAGCCAGAGAGCAAAUGGGGCCGGGGCCCAGCCCCGUCCAGGCUGGGCUUGAGCUCACCGGGGCCCUGCUGCAGGGCAUUGGGCCUGCCUGUUUCCAGGGUGCUGGGCCCAGCUCUUGUUCACUGCCUGCCCCUGGGAGGUGCCUGCUACCUGCACCGGCGGGGAGGAGGAGACCCCUCCCAACCCCCCUCCUUUUCAUGCCUGGUUCAAAGAGGAAUACGUUAUUUUGCAUCCCCUGCCGCACAGCUGGAUUGGGGCCCUGGGCCGACUCCCCAGCCUCGAGCGGGUGAGGCCAGGCUGAGUCGGGCCCUCGGACUGCGCCAGCCCCCAGCGGAGCCCCCAGCCGGGAGGCAGCUUCACGCCCGCCUGCGCAAGGAGAUGGA